GCUCGCAGGCACUUUUCCCGGGGCUGGAGCGCUCCUGUGCCCGGAGGGGGCCCGAGCUGCACAAGCCCGCAAUGAGGAAGAAGAGCCGGGGUCUCCCUGACUGCCUCUGGGCCUGGACCCUCCUUCUCAGCACACUGACUGGAAGAAGCUAUGGACAACCCUCAUUACAGGAUGAACUUAAAGACAAUACCACUGUCUUCACCAGGAUUUUGGACCGACUCCUAGAUGGUUAUGACAAUCGCCUAAGACCAGGAUUGGGAGAGCGUGUAACUGAAGUGAAGACUGACAUCUUCGUCACCAGUUUCGGACCCGUUUCAGACCAUGAUAUGGAAUACACAAUCGAUGUAUUUUUCCGUCAAAGCUGGAAGGACGAAAGGUUAAAAUUUAAAGGACCAAUGACAGUUCUCCGGUUAAAUAACCUAAUGGCAAGUAAGAUCUGGACUCCGGACACCUUUUUUCACAAUGGAAAGAAGUCAGUGGCACAUAACAUGACCAUGCCCAACAAACUCCUGAGGAUCACAGAGGAUGGCACCUUGCUGUACACCAUGAGGCUGACAGUGAGAGCUGAAUGUCCGAUGCAUUUGGAGGAUUUCCCUAUGGAUGCCCAUGCCUGCCCACUAAAAUUUGGAAGCUAUGCUUAUACGAGAGCAGAAGUUGUUUAUGAGUGGACCAGGGAGCCAGCGCGCUCCGUGGUGGUAGCAGAAGAUGGGUCACGCCUCAACCAGUAUGAUCUUCUUGGACAAACAGUAGACUCUGGAAUUGUUCAGUCCAGCACAGGAGAAUAUGUUGUUAUGACCACUCAUUUCCACCUGAAAAGAAAGAUUGGCUAUUUUGUCAUUCAAACAUAUCUGCCAUGCAUAAUGACCGUCAUUCUGUCCCAAGUCUCCUUCUGGCUCAACAGAGAGUCUGUACCAGCGAGGACAGUCUUUGGAGUCACGACUGUGCUCACCAUGACGACGCUGAGCAUCAGCGCCAGAAACUCGCUGCCCAAGGUGGCGUACGCCACUGCGAUGGACUGGUUCAUCGCCGUGUGCUACGCCUUCGUGUUCUCAGCCCUCAUCGAGUUUGCCACCGUGAACUACUUCACCAAGCGGGGCUACGCCUGGGAUGGCAAAAGUGUGGUCCCAGAAAAGCCAAAGAAAGUGAAGGACCCUCUUAUUAAGAAAAACAACACUUAUGCUCCGACAGCAACCAGUUACACCCCUAACAUGGCCAGGGGUGACCCGGGCUUAGCCACCAUUGCUAAAAGUGCAACCAUAGAACCAAAAGAAGUCAAGCCGGAGGCAAAACCUCCGGAACCCAAGAAAACCUUUAACAGCGUCAGCAAAAUUGACCGGCUGUCAAGAAUAGCGUUCCCGCUGCUGUUCGGGAUCUUUAACUUGGUCUACUGGGCCACGUACCUAAACAGAGAGCCUCAGCUCAAAGCCCCCACCCCCCACCAGUAGGUCCCUUCACUCGCCUUCCUUCCGCUGCUCGGUCCCCUGCCAUGGAAAUUGCUUUCCGUUCCCAGUGCAGUAAUUGCCGCCCGCUUUAUUGCCUCUGUCCUAAAGAAUCGAAGGUUCCCUUAUUUCCAUAACCCACAUGAGGACAAACCGUCCAGCAGAGCAGAGCAGAGCAGAGCUGAGAGAGGAUUCUGAGAGACAGAGCCCGAGGGAGCAAAAAAGCCCAACAGGAGGCAGAACGAGAGAGGCAAGGAGGGGCGCAGUCGCAGACAGGUAGGAGGAAAAGCGGGAGAGAAAUAAAGCUUGACCGUGACUCCAGAUCAUUUGUAGAUAUAUAUUUCCAAAUAUUCUAAAGGAGAGAAGAUACUGUAUAUGUCACAAAUAUUUUUAUGUGAAGGCAUUUAAAAGAAUAUAUUAUAAAUGUUUGAUGAAGAAAAUUUUCAAAGAAUCUAUGUCUUUACUGCACAAACUAUGGUGCGCUCACAUUUUUGUUUUGUGUUUUAAACUAAUGUAUCACUCUAACAUUUUUGUUUCCAAAGCCCAAGACCCCUGUUCUUUCUCCUGUUACAAAUGCCUAACGUGUUAUUUUGUUGCUAAACGCUGUUUUAAAAUUCAUGGACGUUGCAUAGUAAAGGAGCAGUUCCUCCCUGUAGAGCACAUUUAAUCCGACGGAGAGAAAUGCUCUAACUAGACUAUUUCACUAGCAUCUGCUUUUAUCACUAGACUUGAUGAGGAAUCAUUUUAGCAAAGAUAUCAACACUCAAUAAAUACCAAAAUAUUUGAAAAUUAAAUAAAAUAAUUUAAAAAGAUUCCCUUUCUCAUCAUGUCUAUUUCCAAAUAGCACAUGGGUCCAAUAAUCACUUCAUUCCCAUCAUAAAGAUGCUUCAGAGGGGCAAAAAUAUUUUGCAAGCUCUAAGAAUUGCUGAAUGUAUUCUUUUAUAUAACAGGACAUUAAAAGCUUUAGAUUGAAAUUUAUGACUAGUGAACAAAAAUAGAAUAUAUAAAUUAUAUAUGUAAAUAUACAGCAUGAGAUUGUACAUUUUUUACUUUUUUAAGGUUGUGUUCUCAAAAUACUGUGUAAGACUCACCGCUCUUAGCUGUUAGAAUGUUGUUAAGUGCUACGGAAAUACCUUUAGAGCCUGCAUUUAAGAUCAGAACAGCUUGUAGGAAUCAGAUGGAACUUCAACUAUAUGGGCAAAAGUUCACUUAUGUAGAGAAAGCUUAUAAUUUCAAACGCUGUCCAGUGUACAGCAGUAAAUCAGUUGCUACCUGCUCAAGUCCUGCCACCUUUCCCUAACUGAGGCUCUUGCAAUAUAGAAAGAAAAUGGAAAAGCAUUAGUGAGAGCUAGAAAAAUCAACUGUAUAUUAUCGCUAUCUUUGCCAAUAUCAAUUAUUUCAAUAAGUGUUGUACCAUAUGUAGCACCAAAUAUAAAAAUACAUGAAAGAAUGUACAGGAAAUAGCUUUUAUUGAGUAAUAUUAUUACAUUUCAUUUAUACCGUAGCAAUAUAUUUGUAGGUAUACUAUGUAAGGGCUUUAACUACAAGAGGUCCAUUAAUACUCCCUAUGAAAGUGCUAGUCUGUUUCAUUACUACCCAGAUGUUUUAGAGAUAAAUAUUUAUGCAGAAGGUAUUUUUGAAGUCUCCUUUUGUCUGAUAGAGUUUCAGAGAUAUUUACAGUUAGCAUCCAGAAUCCACAGGUCAUGGUCCAAGCCACACAUGUAGAAAUACCACGACAUAAACCUGUCAGUAUAAUCACCAAAAAAGACAGUUGGGGUCCACGUCCAGGUUUGAAGCAAUGUUUUUCUCAAAGAGCUGCCGUCCAAUGAUGUGGGAAAACACACCACGUUUUCCUAAGCAGACCCUGGUUUUCUUUUUAAAUGUGCUGUAUUGUUUGAUUUGGUCCUGCCUAAAUUCCAUGAGCUAGGCCAGUGAAGGCUGAACCAAGGAUGUUCAUCCUCUGGUAUCUUGUGUAGAUAUCAUGUAUAGAAAAUAAAAAUAAAACAUGGCUCUAACUCCCGUGUUGCUGUUUAUCCUGUUAUUUUUCGGCGUUAACCUAAUGUGUUUAUUGAGAGCCUUUACCUUCCAGACUUGUCAUGACUAACAUUUGGUCUGUACUUUGCUCAUUAGACGUGAAUAUUUCUUAUGAGUCUGCUUUCUGCUAUGCAAUGACUGCAUUUCGAUCAUUUCUUAGUUUGUUAGUAUAUGUGGAUAGUGCUCUAUUGUAUUAAUUGAUUGCAUAAUUUAUCAAAGACAAAAUUAUUCUAUAUAGCUUUUCUACAGUGCUUUGCUAAACCGUGUAACACUAGUUAAGUCUUCCUUGAAAAUAAAGUCACACUCUUAUAGAGGCCAGUUCCUGCUUACCCCCCAGGAAUAUUUUUUAAAAGGUGACACUGAAUGUUGAUUGCACAUUAGUGCAGUGAAAUGGCAAUAAACCUGGCGUAGAUCGAGGUGGUUUAUGGCAGAUGCAUGUGUUGCUUUACAGAGUUUAGCAAAAGCUCUUAAUUUAAUGUCAGACUGUAUUCUAUUAUAAUAAUAAAGCUAACGUUAUUCAAUAACAAGA